CGCGCCUCCGCUUCCUCCUCCGCCUCCUGCGGGUCCGGGCGGGGACGGGGCUCGGGGCUCCGGGACCGCAGAAUUAGUCGCAGCAUCGUGACUUUUCCAUCAUGUCAGAACCCAUCACGCUCAAUGUUGGAGGAAAGCUUUAUACCACCUCUCUGUCCACCUUGACUAGCUUUCCAGACUCCAUGCUGGGGGCCAUGUUUAGUGGGAAGAUGCCAACCAAGAAGGACAGCCAAGGCAACUGCUUUAUUGACAGAGAUGGAAAAAUCUUCCGCUAUAUCCUGAACUUCUUGAGGACUUCUCACUUGGACCUCCCUGAAGACUUUCAGGAAAUGGGCUUACUUCGACGGGAGGCAGAUUUCUAUCAAAUUCAGCCUCUGAUUGAAGCCUUGCAGGAGAAGGAGGUGGAGCUUUCUAAAGCAGAGAAGAAUGCCAUGCUCAACAUCAGCCUCGAUCAGAAGACCCAGACUGUUCACUUCACUGUUCGAGAAGCACCCCAGAUCUACAGCCUGUCUUCCUCCAACAUGGAAGUGUUCAGUGCUCAUAUCUUCUCUACUUCGUGUUUGUUCCUGAAGCUUCUUGGUUCCAAACUUUACUAUUGCUUCAAUGGAAAUCUCUCCUCAAUAUCCAGCUACCUGCAGGACCCCAACCAUUUGACCUUAGAUUGGGUUGCAAGUGUGGAAGGUCUUCCCGAAGAGGAAUACACGAAGCAGAACUUAAAGAGACUCUGGGUGGUGCCAGAUAAUAAGCAAAUCAAUAGUUUCCAGGUAUUUGUGGAAGAAAUGCUAAAAAUAGCUGUCAGUGAUGGUUUCUGCAUAGAUUCUUCUCAUCCACAUACUUCAGAUUUCAUGAAUAAUAAGAUUAUUCGCCUAAUUCGAUACAAGUAGGAAUGUUUUUUUCUUACGAUGCCAUCAUGAAGAUAACACAGGUUAAGUGUUUCCCUUUAAAACACACUUACAGCCUAAUUCAGAAUCAUGCUUACCUGGAUUAAGAGUCACUAACAGGGAGAUGAUUUUCCUUUAAUGUAUUUACCAAUACAGUCUUUCAGAAUAUGUCUAUAUUCUAAAUAGAAGGAAUAUUGUCUAGCACCUGAAUUAAGGAUUGGUUCUGUCUCAGCCUCCACCUCUAACCUGCCAUACAACUGUGGGGAAAAUCACUUAUCUUCUUACUACAUUUUCCAGAUGAAAAAUGGGAAUGAACCUUAACCUGUAACGUAUGGUUGAUGGGAAUGUUCAGUUAACAAGGUUUGGAAAGUGUCUGGAGAUGAGAUGUGGUGAAGGAAGCCACGGAGACAUAAUGAGAUCAGAUAUACUGAAGGAAGCCAAGGAGUCACAGUGCAGCAGAAGACAGUCCAGAAAGGCACAUUUUCCUUGUCUCUGCCAUGUAACCUGGGCAGAGGACCCAAGAAGCUUGUUUCAAUUGGUGGAGAAGAAGCCUCUCCACAUGGACACAUUGAAUCCAGACGUAAAGGAUGGUGCGCAUUGCCAGUGAGUAGAGGAUUCUGUCUGUUCUGUCGCCAUCUGAAGAUGACUGUUUUUUUUUCCUGAAUCGUGUGAGGAAACCACUGCUGUGUUCUGCUUUCAGGAAAGCCAUGGUUGAAUUAUGUGACUGACUCUGGGAACAACCAAGAAAGCCGUAACAGAGACAAAGAUGUUUUUACAAACUGACAAGAUUGUGUCUAUUGGAGAACCUUGCUUUGGAUGCUCUUACACCUUGACAUUUUCAUUCCAAAGGCAUCCAAGACAAUUAUUCCUUUUCUUUCUCUUACAAUGCUGUAUUUGUCUCGAGGAUGCUCCCAGAAACACUAUCUGAGGUGAUGACAGCUUUAGAGGGAAGACGUCCCCAAAUAUUGUCUGAAUGGUUGGGUUUCUUCUGACUGGACAUGACCUUCUCUUGGGAAGUCUCCUUUCAGCAGUGUCUGGAGCUUAUGGAAUGGCUUUUAGGUAGGGUGGAUUCCAUCUGAAAGGACUACUUUUCCAUCACCGUCUCUACUACUUUUAAUUACAAAACUAGAGGCUCAGUUUGUCUACCUCUGUACACUGAGCCAUUUUUUUUAUACCACUGUGAAAUGUCAGACUGCUAAGGCACCAUUUUACCUUCUUGCUUGGCUUUAGUGUCCAGCUGUCAGAGAGAUAAGGCAGUGGGAAGCAAAGGGUGAUGGCAAUGGUCAAGCCCUUUCCUAAAAGCCUGAUCCUUGCUAUGAUGAAGAUCAUAGUCCCCUAGCUGCAUGUUAGCUCUAGAUAACACUUUUGCCACAUUCAAGGUGGUUCAUUCUUCAGCUAAUUAUUUUUAAAAGUAUCUUAGCUGUCUUUCCCUAGUCAGAUUGCUACGUAUGCAUGAGAGACCCUCCAGAACAUUUCCCAUUCCCUCACGUGAGAUAGAAGGGAAACUGCAAUAACCAACUUUAGUGUUUGUAAUUUUAUUGCUUCUUAGCACAGAGCUGCAAAGCUCAAUAUUGCUUUUGUUCUUUCUUUUCCCAAAGCAGCUAGGCUGCUGUUAUGUUAAGCUGAUCCAUGAGGAGCAAAAAAACCGCAUUAAUACUGUUCUAAAAAAACUGUGAGAUAAAUAUAUUCCCACUGUCCCAAGCUGUAUUGCAUGAAUAACACAAAUCAGCAUGCUGAUGGUAAAAAUGCUCACUCUGUAGCUAUUGGCAGCCUGUUAUAAAUCUCCUUCCCUGUCUGCCUUGGUGCAGGACUCACAACCAUGAUGGUGGAAGUGAGACCAUGUUGUUAGGCCAUACUGACUGGGACUGAAGUCCGAAGAACCAUUAAGCCUAGCCCCUUUUUGUGAAUUUUGAGGAUUAGAAACAGAAUGCUAUGGCCAAAUUUCAACUUUCAACUUUUCUGCCUUCAGUUGCAUUAGGAAGAACUCUCUUUUCCCUGUUCCUGUCCUGAAUUAUGAAGCAGGAGUAACAUACUCCAGAAGAUGCGGCGUGCCACUGACAAAGAAGAGCAACACAAAUGUGAAUCCUAUUUCUGCUGACAGAUCGCCAGUCAAUUGGACAUUCAUAGUUAUCAUCUAUGCAGAUGUUAUUAUUAUGAUCUGUAAAACACCAUUCGUGAACUCUCUUUCAACAAAUCUAUGCCUUCAAACAGAUAUGCCUUUGCUGAACUCAUGAUAAAAGCUUUGGGGGGAUGUCAGUGGUACUAUUUUUUUUAACUCAAGCCUUUGAGAUUAUAUUUUAAAUUAUUUGUAACAGCAGUUAUUGAAUGUCAGGACUAAAUGAAUAAUUAUCUGUAAUAAUUAGUUUGCUCUUAGCUUGAGUUUAUCCAGGGGCAAGAGCAGUGGGCUUAAAAGGGGAGGAAGUCUGUUCUGGAAUGCUUGAACCCUUCAGCUUAUUGUGCUAACAGUGGACCACUUGAAUCUACGUUUGUCUGUGCUCAGGUCACUAAAGUAGGCAAAGGUAUUACUGACCACAAAUCUCUGUCAUUUCUUAAUAUGCAGAGAGAUGCAAAAUUUCCAGUAAAGACACCAAUGAAAACAGGCCUUGGGAGGAAUAGAAAAGCUUCAAAUACUUCUAAAUUGUUGAGGAGAAUAAAUGUCUUUGAAAAUGAGAUACUAUGUAUAGUACCACAGCAGUUCUGCGUGCUACCAAGUAAGUGAAAUAAGUGGUAAGUGAAUCAGCUGAGAUUGCAAUCAAACAUAUGUUAUAUAAAUACAGCUGCUAUUUCAAACAACAUGCUAAGCUAAAUUUAUAGCCGUACCCUAAUUUUGCACUCUGUGAGUUAUGCUGUAAUGACUGUUUAUAGGAAUGCUCUCUCUCCAAAGCAUUUCUUUGCCUGUCAUCUAGAUAGCAAGUUUUUGUUUUCCUUCUGUUUCUAAGCCCUGGAGGUAACUUGCUUUUCUGUCACCAAUCAACAGCACUGAUGAUUCUUGUUCUCAAGCUGUUCUGGCUUAAAGAAAAGUGAACAUGCACAAAACCAUAUUGUGUGCUUAGGGUACAUCACAACCCCAUCGCUUAGUCAUGAAAAGCACUUGAAACGUAUUAGCAGUAACAACUACAAAUCAUUUCACUGUUGGAGUGGAAUACUUUCUCUUGGAACAGACUUCUUAUUUUUUCCAGUAAGCACCUUAAAACAAGGAAAGAAUCUAGCAAGCUUUUUUUCCUGUCUAGAUUGAAGUGAGUUUUUUUGCACAUUUCAGAGCCUAUCCCCUGUUCUGAUUCUGCUAUCAGCCUGUCUCUCUCAACACCUCCAUUACAAAAUGAGGCUGACCUGCACUUUGUUGUUUUUUUUUUAAUGGCCUAAAUGCUGGCAGAACCACUGGAUAGAGAGAUCAAUUGUUUUCAGAGCAGAAAAACACCAGAGUUAGGGCAGAUGAUAAAUAAGUUACUAGCUCGAAUGUAAUGGCAGUUACAGACAUGGGCAUGUACAUGGCACAGUGGGAUUUCUUAGACAACAGAAAGAAUAUUCUAAAGCAUCUUAGUGGAAUCCAGACAGAAUCACUCAUGGGUUUCUCUUAUAUGUUUUUUGGCUUGAUAUCUCUAAAUUGUCUACUAAUAUCCAAUAAUAAUGAAGGGACUGAAACCAUGCCUAAAGACUAAAAUGGCUGAUGAAUGCUGCUGUUGUUAAGAAUCAUUAGAAGACUGUGAGAUGAAUGUUUGUUCCUUCAGGUGAUGGUAGGGGAAUAAAAGAAAUUGGUGUAGAAAGUUAGACUUGGAAGAAUUCCUAAGUUUACAAGAAAUCCAAGAUUUAGAAGGACAGCAUAGAGACUCUAGAUGUGAGAUCUGUUCAGGAAAACAAAAAAAGGUAAGCAGGGAACAAAUGGAGACAAAGAUUUUGUUAUGGAGAAAGAGUGCAAUUAGAAUGACUCAUUGGUCCUGUUCAAUUUUAAUCUCCUAUUAUGCAACUAAAAUAUUGGGCCGUGCCAAGAGUAAUUCCAGUACCAUGUCAGAAGCAGACAGCUUUGCUAAAUUUGCAUGUGCUUUCAAUCACCAAACAUAUGCAAUGCUGUAGUUGCCCAUAUUUCAACUUGGUUGCUGAAUAUAAAUUUCUGCUUGAGCUCACUGUUAGUAAAUCUCUGCAGUCAACCAGACUGAUUCCCAUUCUAGAAAAGAAAAGGCUGGAGGGGUCUGUAUGUAAUGUUCAAGGGAGUAAUAAAUACUGCCUUCAGCCCUUGUCAGGAGUUGUGUAAAUGACCUUCUGACACUUCACAGAUAAAUGGAGAAGUUAUGAAGAGUACUUUUUAUGAGAGUUUCAUUUUCAUCCCAUACCAUUGAACUUGGUAUCACUGCUCAGAACUGCAGUGUUUUUGGAAAUAUUUAACUGUCCUGGAUGGUGAGCCAUUCUGUAACAGUUCCCUUAUCCACACACUGGAUAGAAACCACAUGCUGGCCAGAAACAGUGAACAAGCACAGGGAACAAUAUGUGACCCUCCCAUUAGAAGUGUCAUAUGUGAAUUAGUAUCUGAGGUCAUGUAGGUAUUCCAUGCGAGAAGAGCUGGAUGCAGCAUAAAUGUGCAGAUCAUGCUCUCAGAUUCACUAAGGAUAAUAAGAGGGAUGGUUUUUCUAUGGAUUCAGAAAAAAAGAAAUAAAAAAAGAAAAAGGAGCUAUAUGGAUGAAUAAUUCCUUUUCUUUUCCUCCUCUUGCCAUUCUCCCUCCUCUUAUUUUCUUAUUCCUACUCCUAGCUGUUGGAUUUUUCUGUUGAACAGAACUUGGUUCUUGAAUCACUAAAAAGCCAUACUUUUGAAUGAUUGCUUUUUGAAAGGUGUCAAAAGAUGGGUUUUGUUUCUUAUCAUUUUCACAGACAACCCAUGGGAUAUCACAUUUUAAAAUCUUUUUGCAUUUCUCUGCCCAUAGCUCUUCUGUGAACUGUUACUAAUAUAUGUUUUAGAAGACAAUAAAUAAAAUGUGAAUGA